UUUUGAGAAAUAAAGAAAUCUGACCAAGAAACAUGGCUUCACUUUUGAAGACAAGUCGUCUGGUAGUUAAUGGAGGUUGUAAUCUUCUUUCGAAAACUGUCCUGCCCUCUGCCACAACAAUUCGUCUGAAACAUGCCACUGGCAAGAAGAGUAGCAUCUAUGAGCAGGGGGGUCCAAAGUACAGGGGCAUUGAGCUCCUCAGGGAUCCAUCUGUCAACAAGGGCACAGCCUUCACCUUGAAGGAGCGUCAGUUGUUGGGCAUCCAUGGACUCCUUCCACCUGUCGUGUUCAGCCAACAGGAGCAACUUCAACGUGUGCUUGCCAACUUCAGGCGCUGCAACACGGAUCUCGACAAGUUCAUCUACCUCUCCAGUCUGCAGGAUCGUAAUGAAAAAUUGUUCUACCAGCUUGUGUCAGAGAACAUAGAAGAGAUGGCUCCAAUUAUAUACACGCCAACUGUUGGAUUGGCUUGCCAAAAAUAUGGAUUCAUAUUCAGAAAACCCAGAGGUCUGUACAUCACAAUCAACGAUCUUGGCCACGUCAACGAGAUUCUCAGCAACUGGCCAGAGUCCAACGUCAAGGCUAUUGUGGUGACAGACGGUGAGAGAAUUUUAGGUCUCGGUGACUUGGGUGCAUUUGGAAUGGGAAUUCCAGUUGGAAAGUUGUCAUUGUACACUGCUAUGGGAGGUGUCCCACCAGAUCAAUGCCUCCCUGUUGUCCUUGAUGUUGGAACUGAUAAUGAUGCCCUGCUGGACGACCCCAUGUACAUUGGGUUGAGGCACAAAAGAGUCAGGGGUCACAAGUAUGACAUGCUCAUUGAGGAGUUCAUGGAAGCUGUUGUUAAAAAAUAUGGACAAGGUACCCUGGUGCAAUUUGAAGAUUUUGCAAACUCCAAUGCAUUCCGUCUGCUGGCCAAGUACAGAAACAAGUACCUGACAUUUAACGACGACAUCCAAGGUACAGCUUCAGUAGCAGUUGCUGGAAUCAUUGCAGCCAUGAGAAUCACAAAGACAAAGUUAUCUGACCACAAGUUUCUUUUCCAGGGAGCUGGAGAGGCCUCAAUUGGCAUAGCUGACCUGCUGGUGAUGGCCAUGAGAUCAGAAGGAACAAGCAAGGAAGAUGCCAUCUCGAAGAUUUGGAUGGUUGAUUCCAAGGGCCUGCUUGUCAAGAACAGAUCAAGUGGAGGCAUCACUCACCACAAGGCAGUGUACGCGAAGGAGUUUCAGGAGCUGAAGAACCUGGAAGAGAUCUGUGAGGUGAUCAAACCAACAGCAGCAAUUGGAGCAGCUGCCAUCAAGGGAGCAUUCACUGAGAAGUUCAUCAAAACCAUGGGAGACAACAAUGAGACACCAAUCAUCUUUGCACUGAGCAACCCAACUUCAAAGGCCGAGUGCUCUGCUGAACAGGCCUAUCGUAUCACUGAGGGUCGUUGCAUCUUUGCAUCAGGAAGUCCAUUUGACCCAGUUGAAAUCAAUGGAAAAGUUCUGCAUCCAGGUCAGGGCAACAAUGCCUACAUCUUCCCUGGUGUUGCUCUCGGAGCUAUCGUGUCCGGUGUCCACCAUGUCACCGAUGAGAUGUUCUUGAAGGCAUCCGAGGCCCUGGCAGAGAUGGUUACAGAGAGUGAUCUGAAAGAGGGUCGUGUCUACCCUCCCCUGCACACCGUACGAGAUGUCUCCACUAAGCUCGCCACCAAGAUUGUCGAGUAUGCCUACAAGGAACAGCUUGCUGAGACCUACCCGGAGCCGGAGAACAAGGAGGCAUUCGUGCGCGACUACCAGUACCAGUCAGAUUACGAAUCAUUCAUCCCCAACACCUACCCGUGGCCAGGAAUGAAUGAGUGAUUGAGCGAGUAAUAAAGGGAUAAACAUUUCUCUAAUUAUGACGAUGUUGAAGGUGAUUAUGAUUAUGAUGAUGAUGAUGGUGAAGAAGUUGACGAUGAUAAUGAGGAAGGUGGUGAUGAUAGUGAAGUAGAUUAAAAGAAUCAAUUAAUGAAUACUUAUAAUAUGCUGAUAAGAGCGAUUAUUUUGAAAUUAUUUUGAAGAGAUAAGAAUAAUUGUUAAGAAAAAUCAGAGGCAUUUUUUUAAAAUAAUAGUGACUCGUGUUUGUGUGCGUGCGCGUGUGUUGGUCUGUAUCUGUAUAUGAUUUAUAUACAUGUUUGCAACAUGCAUCAUGUAGAUAAGAGGAACUAAGGGUCAUUAAUUUUUUAUUUGGUGUUAAUUUUAACAUGCUUUAAUGCAUUAAUAAUAAUGAUAUACAAAUACAUGUAUUUUAUACAUGCUGAAAAUUCAUCGUUUAUAUUUAAAAGGUUUUUAAUAUUUUUGUUCAGUCUACAUCAUUUAUAAUCAUUUUAUUUAUUUCCAGUAGAAUUGGGCUACAGUUUUUUUUUUGUAUCUUGUUACUUUUUCAAUUUUUUCUCUCUUAAGACGUCAAACGAAUAAGGAUUCUGCAGUUGGAAAAAUUCAUUCUGAUUUAUCAUCAUGACUGCUUAUGAGGAAGUUGUUUUGUUGAAUAUUUGUCUGUUUUACUUUAUU